AUGGACCUGGGGAGGGAUUUGGCUGUGAAGCGUGACCAACCAGCCAGGAGGAAGGGGAGGGAUCUUGGAGCUGGCCCACGAUCUGCAGAGAGGAAAGGAUGGCAGGGGAGGGGCAGAGAGGAGCGGGCUAUCUCAGCUCAGAAGCAGACGGAGGAGCUGCAGCUGAAGGCGCCAGGUGAAACAUCCGACACAUGUGGGAACCUUAGUGGUGAUGCAGGCGACAGCAGGUACCAGAAUUUCCAAGACACAGGAAUAGUAUCCAAAUCUCACAGAUGGAAGAAAGCAAUGGGAAGUCUGGCAGCUUGGGAGUCAGGAGAGAAACAGCUGCAGUACCUUUAUAUCUUUGUCAGUGAAAUGUUUAUAACAAGGAAAAACAAAAAUCUGUUUGAAAUCUCCAGUAAGCAGCCCCCAGUGCACCAUCUAGUGGAAGUCAGUCGGUUCUUUUCCCCGGGGAGCCGGACUCUGACUCAACUCCGCAGUUUUUCCUCCACCUGCCGGUCCUCCCCGCCCUGGGUCGGCCCCGCCACCGCCCCCGCCCGGAGUCCCGCGCGUCAACAGGGGUCUCCAGGGGUCCUCAGGGUCCCGCCCGAGGCGGCCCCGCCCCUGCCCCGGCCCCGCCCCCACCUCCUCACAAGGUGCCCGCCGCGGGCUCCCGGGCUGAGGCGCCUAGAGGCCGGCAGGAGGCUCCGGAGGACCGCGGCACCGCUCGGCCCGGUCGCCGGCGCAGGGAGCAGCUUCGGGGGCCGACCCCACCGCCCGAGCCUAGCCCUGGGCUCCGACAGGCGCUCCCCAGAGGCGCCCCAUUACCUGCUCUGGGCUGCCGCGGUCCGCGGGCAGGAGGCGCACUCGCUCUGGCCCCUGCAGCCCCGGGCCCGGAGGCAAGGAGGCAGCGACCGCCACCGCCGCAGAGGACAAUCGGGAGCCAGCGGGCUCGGCACCGCCGCGGCGGGCGCAGAACGCACGAGCCCAGUGGGAGCCCGGCCCCCGCCUCCAGCCCGGCUAGUAACCAACACGGCCCCCACCCUCGGAGGGGCGGGACCGCGGUUGGAGGGGCGGGGCGGGGCUGCACCGCCCGCGGGUAAGAGGGGCCUGCUGAUAGGCUGCGAAGGCGAUAGGCGUCUCAGACUUGAAGACAGCCUCUCCAGCAGAACUCCCUCAUUGGUCGGCAAGAGAAAACAAAGCUGGGCUCUGAUUGGUGACAGCUCUGUAGCUCCUCCUCAUACCCGCAGUCCCCGCAAGUUCCACCCCUGCCCGCCCGGUUCGCUCGCCCUUGGUUCCCACUCCCAGGUGGCUGCAGACUGGGGGGUGUUUCAUGGACGAGCAACCUCCCUGAGGAGAACCCCGGAUACGCAGGUUCAUUCGCCAGAUGCGAGUUUUCUUAAGCCGCUGCGAUUCUCUAAUUUCAGUAUGAACUCGAGUCACCAGUAAAAUGAGCAUUCAUUCAUUAAGCCAAUCAUCAGGAAUAGAUCUAGGAAGAACCUACUGUUUACUAGAAAUAGGUUAGAUCUGUGGAUAUAACAAUGAAUAAGACAAGACUGGUGGAUCUAUAGAGAAACUAUUACUGCACAGGUGAUGGGGAAAUCAAGAGUACUAUGGGGCCAAGGAGACUGUCCUGCAGCAAAUGAGGAAUAAGCUGAAACAUCAGUAGGAGCCAUCCCAGAGAAAAGGGACAGGGUUCUAGAUCCAGAGAACAACAGAAGAGCAUUCAGCGCCUGCAAGGGAGCAGGGGAUCUAAUGCAAAGCCAUUGCGUAACCAGUCAACUUUCCCCACAUCACAAGAUUGCCUAGCCUGGAUGGUCCCAGAAUGUUGAAACAAAUGUCUAAUUAGUAACGACAUUCUGAAUGCUUGGGAGCUGAGCAAAAUAUGAGGAGAAGCAACCUGAUUUUUGUUUCAUAUUAUCAUCUCCUUUAUUCCAGCAACAAAAGACACUGAAAAUAGUAAAUGCCCACUUUCAACCAUGACAGCCCUUUUAGGAUAGUAACGGUGAGCAGUAUUAAUCCUAUUUGACCAGAACUAGGGCAGAGUUGAAGCCCCUGGAGUAGAGAUCUGUUCUAUUAGCCCCAGCCUUUCCGCCUGCUUCUUGGGAUGGCUAUCUUUACUUUAUCAGUUGAGCCUCCAGCAUUAGCAGAUACCUAUAAGGGAAGAGAGCCAGCCCUCACUAUGGAGGGCCAGAAAGAGAAAGCACCAGACAUUAGGAAAUGUCAAAGUAUCUCAGUACAUCCAGCUGAUUAGUGACAGAUAAGUCAAAAUUUGCAGCAACUAAAUAAAUCAAAAAGUAGAUUUU